UGUGAAGGCUUCAACUUUUUCAUGGAAAGCAAGUUUUUUUGUUUUAAAUCUUUGCUAGUUGUUUGUUUGUGUUUAUGCUGCUGCCCUUUUGGCGUUCUUCCAUUGAUUUUGAAAGCAUAAUGUUGAUUCUGCCAAACCAUUUGUCUGCUCUGUGCUAGCUGCAUGGUUACACAGAACGCUAGUUUAUAUUGGUUUUUUUGCGAAUUUGUUGUAUUGGUAGGUGGUGCUCUUAGAUAAGAUAGGCAAUAUGCUCUCUGUUUUUUUUGAGGAUAAUGAAAUACUGAAUGUGGUUCAUGAUUUGUGUUGACCUUGUUUUUGUAGAAGAUUUAAGGAUAUCCAAGAUUUAAAGAUCCUUGUGGCUGCUGUUUUUACAGUUUAAAUGUUUUUUUUAAUGUCUCUUGCUUAAUGUCAAAUGCUGAUGUUAGGUUGAUUCUUUGAAGCAAUUCUCUACGGCCUAACCUUUUAAUCCGUAUGCAUUUUCUGGGUUCGGUUUCUGAUAGAACUAUGUGUGAAACUGAAAUGUCAUUUAUGAAUUCGACGGGAAUUCUGAAAUAAAAACUUGAGCUUGUUUAUUAUCUUUGCCUUUAUCCUGUAACUGGCCACAAGCAGAACAUACCAGCUUAAUGGACAAAGAAGAUCUUUAUGGGUUUGGGUUGUGUUUUUCCUAUUCAAAAUUCUUCUCAUGUGAAUAAUUGGAUUUCUUUUUUUCUUUUCUGCUCAUUAGAUUAUCUGCGAAUUCUUAAUUUCGAUUUUAUUUUAUGUUAUUUUAUCAUGCAAUUAAUUUUCUUGUUUUUAUCCUGUUCAUCAGAGGCUUGAAAUUGCUGAGAUGGCAGCUUCAUCAUCACUAUUUUCAACUUCAUUCCAAGGGGUCAUGUCGUUUCAAAAUACAAAUUUGUGCUACAAAGAGUUCAAUUGCAGAUAUUCAAACUUUAUCCGUAAACAAUCCAGUCACUCCAACUCAAAGUACCUGACACAUUCACGGUUGUUUCCCAAUGAGAGAUCAUCAGAAUUUGGACAAAAUGAUAAAUUCUCACAAAAGAAUGGGUUUUUGUGCCGGACAUUGAAGAUUGAAAAUUUACCUUCCUUUUCAGUGGGGAACAAAUUUCAACUUACUGAUGUGAUUGAAUCUCAACAAUUUGAUAGAGAUCUUCUCAGUGCUAUAUUUGAGGUUGCACGAGAUAUGGAGAAGAUUGAAAAGAAUUCACCAGGAAGCCAAAUUCUUAAGGGUUAUCUUAUGGCUACUCUCUUCUAUGAACCCUCCACAAGAACUAGGCUUUCCUUUGAAUCUGCAAUGAGACGGUUAGGUGGGGAAGUCUUAACAACUGAAAAUGCAAGGGAGUUCUCGUCAGCAGCUAAAGGAGAAACACUUGAAGAUACUAUAAGAACUGUUGAGGGUUACUCUGAUAUUAUUGUGAUGCGGCACUUUGAGAGUGGUGCAGCCAAAAGGGCGGCAGCAACUGCUGGCAUUCCUGUAAUCAAUGCAGGAGAUGGUCCUGGACAACAUCCAACUCAGGCUCUUUUAGAUGUCUAUACCAUUGAAAGAGAGAUAGGAAAAUUGGAUGGCAUUAAAGUUGCACUUGUUGGAGAUCUUGCUAAUGGAAGGACAGUGCGCUCACUUGCAUACUUGCUCGCCAGGUAUAAGGAUGUGAAGAUUUACUUUGUCUCUCCUGAUGUGGUGAAAAUGAAGGAUGAUAUAAAAGAUUAUUUGACGUCAAGGAAAAUUGAAUGGGAAGAAAGUAGUGACUUAAUGGAAGUUGCUUCUAAGUGUGAUGUUGUCUAUCAAACUCGCAUUCAACGUGAACGAUUUGGAGAGAGAAUUGACCUCUAUGAAGAAGCUCGAGGCAAGUACAUUGUGGAUAGUCAUGUGUUAGAGGUGAUGCAGAAGCAUGCUGUGGUCAUGCAUCCGCUGCCUAGACUUGACGAGAUUACUGUUGAUGUUGAUGGGGACCCGAGAGCUGCCUAUUUCAGACAAGCAAAGAAUGGCCUCUAUAUUAGGAUGGCUCUCUUGAAACUCCUACUUGUAGGGUGGUGAGGGAUGCCUUUAGCUUUUUAGUCUUCAAGUUUUGAUUCAACUGAAUAGGAAAAAUAUCUUCAAGUUUUGGUACGCACUUUUCUUCCUUGGUUAUUUCGAACAAGAGUUCAAAGACAAGCGGCUUAACAACGAAGUUUGGUUUCUUUUGAUUAACUUUUUGAAAGUUCAUUUUAAGCUUCCAUUAGGUCGUGAUUGUAAACACAAAGAUUUAAACAGAUUCCAUCAAAGGCAGUGGAAUUAUUGAUUACCAGAAUGUAAAGCAUGCAUGUUUGUAGAGAA